GAAGUCCUCUCAGCAACCCUGUGCUCAUUUUCGCAGUGGGCAACGAGCCACACCUAUUGUGUGAUACUACCUGGCUGCCCAACCUCGAUAGAUGGAGUCGUGUUUGAAAUCGUAACCCACUGGUUGAAAGUCAACUCCCCAUUGCUUCUUUCCCUCUGUCUGACUUUAUAAGGUUUCACCCUGUUCGUUAAGGUUCUCUAUGUCACUGUUUUCUUCCUCAUCUUAUGCUAACCUACCAGGAUUCCUCCUUCCCUUUCAUUCUGAUUUCCUUUCACUUUUCUCCCUUUCUAUCCUUUGUUCUCCCUGAUUUUCUUUUCAUUAUCCUCCAUUUUACGACCAGUUUGAACAACCCUGGCGACACGAAAUUUGAGGAGCCCAUCUGCAUUGCACUCCCAGAAAAAAUCAUACACUUCCCUAUUAACUUAACCAACACUCAACCACCCAUCGGCUUACCAUAGCUACAGCAGGCGAAAGGAUGGAGCUACUGGAUCGGAACUUAUGUGAAACGUGGAACCGUUCCGCAAGACUUACAAUCGAGAGCGAAGAAAUUUGUUUAUUACAACCCCGUAGAACAGGAAAGCCGCUAAAAAUAAUCAAAAGUCCACCCCCUCAGAUGUUGGUCGAAUGUUACGUAUAUCCUACAGAUAUUAACAACUGAAAUUUACUACUGCAGCACCCGUCAACUAUUUCAAACUAAAACAAAGGGGAAACAGACACUAAAUACCACAUCAGACUUUUGACUUUACUCUUUUAUACAUGAGUUCACAAAAUCUGAAAAUUCUCAAUUUGUGGCGCAACACUACUUAUGCCUCAGCUCGAUUUUCACAUCAAUAUAAGCCAAACUUUAUUCGGCCAACAGUGUUGGACAAAACGAAAUAUUGGCUUGGGUUCCGUAGUGAUCUCCGGUAUCCUCGAACAACCCUUUGCAUUUCUGGUGAAAACCUGUUUGUAGUCUGCGCUGAAUAUCCUGUGUUCGAACACUUCGUGCAACAUCUUAAACUCCCAGACACAUUUCAAACAUGGUUCUCUCUGACUGUUUUGCACAUGUGGAUGUGUUAUGUUCGUCUACGUCAAGAAGGAAAAGAAGGAUAUUUGAUGAAAAAAUGGAUGGAUAAAGCACUUUGGGGAGACAUGAGUAGGAGGUUAUCUGCAUUCAAUGUUUUGACGGGGAAGUUAAAACAGAUCAAAAUCUUUCGAACUCAGUACUUUGGAAGCAUGUUCGCAUAUGAUGAAGCAUUACUAUCCUGUUGUGACUCACAUUUAGCCGCAGCAUUAUGGACUAAUGUAUGGUUUUGCACACCCACAACUACCUUCCAGGAAAUGGAAAUACUUGUUAAAUAUGUUAGGAAGCAAUUGGAACAUUUGGAAAAAACCACAUCAACGGUAAUCCUUGGUUACGGAUCUCCUACAUUUCUGCCCUUAAUGCAAGAUGAAAUAGACAUUUCCUUUGCUGAAAAACGUUUAAAGUACUGUCUAUCCUAUCCUGACCACUUGAAGUAAAUAAAUAAAGUAUAGAGAUUUGUUGUUCUC